AUUUGACUUUACGGACUCUCGAAAUGGAUCCGGAGGCUGCACGAACAACACGUGAUUCUCUAGAACUGGUAUUUCAUAUGUUAAAUAUUCUGGACACAGGCCUCGAUCGUCACACUCUUUCUGUUCUAAUUGCUCUCUGCGAUUUGGGUUUUAACCCUGAGGUAUUGACUGCUGUUAUUAAGGAGCUUCGCCAAGAAAACCCGUCUCUACUCUCAGAAGCUCUCAGGCACACUCCCCCAGGAGCCUGAGAACGAGGAAUAUUGAGUUUUCACGAACAUCAUUAGAGAGACAACAGAGUUCCGACCAAAUCUCUGAAAACAGAUCCGGGAUAGACAACGCCACGCACCGCCAC